AUGCAAAUCAAAUCAACUAGUUCCUUGGCUCGCGGCCAACCGGGUAUUCUCCACCAUAUUACAUCGAGCUUGGUCGCAUUCGAGCAUACCCGCGGCUCCCCCUCUAAACCUCACACACUCCUCUUUGUUGGCGGAUUAGGCGACGGUCUCGGUACUGUGGAUUAUCUCCAGGAUAUUGCACAAGCUCUUGAAGGAACCCAAUGGACACUGUUCAACUUGGUUCUGAGUUGCUCUUACGGGGGCUGGGGCAUGGGCCGAUUAGGUCAGGACAUUGAUGAGAUUACACAUUGUGUCAAUUAUAUUCGAGAGUACAAGGAACCUCAUUAUGGACCUGGAAAGGUUGUCAUAAUGGGCUCUUCAACCGGCAGCCAAGAUGUAAUGCACUACAUCAGUUGCCCAAAUCCGCGACCGGCGCACCCGGUCCUCGAUCGUGAUUGGGAUCCCAUCACCCGUCCUCCUGUUGACGGUACAAUUAUGCAAUCGCCAGUCUCCGAUCGUGAAGGGAUUCUCCUUGUUGUUAAACAAGGCACCGACCGAAAUACACCAGCCGAGAUGCGUGAUAUAUACGAAAAAGCGGUGCAGAAUGCUCGAGACAACACUUACGAUGACGAGAACUCCGUAGAUACCCUGGUACCACUCUCAGUCACCGGUCGCAUUGGAUAUCCUACUUCCGCGCCCGUGAGCAGUCGCCGGUUCUUAAGCUUGACGAGUCCCGACAGCCCGGAAAAUCCCGAAGAAGAUGAUCUGUUCAGCUCGGAUUUAAGUGAUGAGCGACUAGCCCAGACCUUUGGCAUGAUCGGAGCAAGAGGUUUGCUUAAGGAGAAACUCUUGGUGUUAUAUUCCGGUCGCGACCAAUCGGUCCCACCAUCGGUGAACAAAGGCGCCCUUCUCAAGCGAUGGGAGGCAGCGGUCAAUGUGGACGGGAAAAAGUUUUGGGAUUCGCGCAGUCUGGUCAUCCCUAAUGCGUCGCAUCAAUUAAGUGACCCGGAUCAAGCUAUACCAAGACAGAUCUUGGUUCAGAGAGUCACGGCAUACUUGGAAGAUAUUCGCAAGGCAUGA